UCACUUUCAAUCGUUAUAACAUUUUGAGUCAAUAUUUCUAAUUGUUUUCGAAAUUAAUUUUUAUAACCAAUCAAUUGAUGUGUUUUACACUUAUAUAUCACUGUUAUAGCCGUUUAUUAAAUAUACAUUUAUAUAGAUUUUAUUUCCCCAAACUAUUGUUUAAAUCAUUUUAUAUUUAAAUGUAAAUAUAUAUCACUAUUAUAUGCCUUAAUAUUUUAAUGAAUUUAUUUGUAUAAUAGGUAUCGGAGAUGAAUGACAAGGAUUUGUCCAAAGUAUGUGGCAUUUGCGGCGACAAAGCUCUUGGCUACAAUUUCAAUGCCAUUACAUGUGAAUCGUGUAAAGCAUUCUUCAGGAGAAACGCAUUGAGAAAUAAAGAGUUCAAAUGUCCUUUCGAUGGCAAUUGUAAAAUAGAUUUAGUCACCCGAAGGUUCUGCCAGAGGUGUCGACUCAAGAAGUGCUUUGAUAUCGGAAUGAAAAAAGAAUGGAUUCUUUCAGAAGAGGAGAAAGUAAUGAAAAGAAGUAAAAUCGCGGAAAACCGGAAGAGAAAACACGACGGAAGUGAUGGACCAAAAGGCGCCGAUUCGACCACAACUGCGGACCCGAACCAACUCUUCGAAAGCAAUAACAAUAAUGACAAUGACUUUGAUAUUCUGUCCCCGAAUUUCAACGCUAACCCCAAUAGAGAUAUGCUGUUAGAAGUGACGGGUAAUCGAAACGAUUAUCAACUCAAUUAUGAUAACAAUGAGAGCACUUCAAGCGAGUUCAAAUGUCCUUUCGAUGGCAAUUGUAAAAUAGAUUUAGUCACCCGAAGGUUCUGCCAGAGGUGUCGACUCAAGAAGUGCUUUGAUAUCGGAAUGAAAAAAGAAUGGAUUCUUUCAGAAGAGGAGAAAGUCAUGAAAAGAAGUAAAAUCGCGGAAAACCGGAAGAGAAAACACGACGGAAGUGAUGGACCGAAAGGCGCCGAUUCGACCACAACUGCGGACCCGAACCAACUCUUCGAAAGCAAUAACAAUAACGACAAUGAAUUUGAUAUUCUGUCCCCGAAUUUCAACGCUAACCCCAAUAGAGAUAUGCUGUUAGAAGUGACGGGUAAUCGAAAUGAUUAUCAACUCAAUUAUGAUAACAAUGAGAGCACUUCAAGCGUGAGUCGACUGCAAAACACCAAUUCUUACAAUACAUUCUGCGAUAAUCUGAUCCAAAACUCGUAUUUCGACGAAUCGCAAGAGUGUUCGGCUAUCGAAGUGCUCCAAUCAAACAUGCAUUCAACGGAUUUACAAGUGAUGAACACAACCAUCGAUUGUCACAAAAACAAUUACAUUAAUAGUAUUAAUAGCGACGAGAAUUUCCGGACAAAAAUGGAUAACAUCUCGAGAAUGGAUGAAAUGAAUGACAUCCCAGAGAUUGUCUACAGAAAGGCAAUUGAAUUGGAAUUCGCGUCGAUUCCCAUCCGAAAGACAAUGAAUGAGACGAAUGGAAACUAUUUCGAGUUCAAUGAUUUGGAGCGAAACAAAUUGUCUGAAUUGUUGUCCGCAUUAUCUGUAAUCAGGGAUCAGUUCACUGCUAUCACAUCGGAGGUAACGGGUAUUAUGGAUGCGCUCAAAAUGACGGACCAAACUGUGCGGCAAUUAAUCAAAAUGUCCAAAAGGAUACAGGGAUUCAAGAACCUGUGCCAAAACGACCAGAUUGCUCUUCUCAAAGGCGGCUGCACUGAACUCAUCAUUUUGCGAUCAGUCGUCUCCUAUAACUACGAAAAGGAAUAUUAUACUAUUGUUAUGGAGAGUAAUAACGCGACUUUAAUCAAAUUGGAUGUAUUAAAGCAGGCGAAGGGCAACGUAUAUGAGGCACACAAGAAGUUUAUGCACGCUUUCAAACAAGAAUGGGAUUCCGACCAAACUAUCAUCGAUUUGUUGAUUGCAAUAACACUGUUCUCACCCGAGAGACGAAAUAUCAUCAAUAAGGACACCAUUAAACUCGAACAGCAGAUAUACAUGUAUUUACUUCAGAGAUAUCUUGAGAUUAAAUAUUACUCGAAAUGUGAGGCGAAGUCGAAAUUUUUACGACUAAUGACUAAAUUAGAAGAAUUGCAUAUUUUGAAUGAAGACCACAUCCGUAUGUAUUUGGACGCCGACCCCAACGACUUCGGGCCCCUUCUCAUCGAAAUAUUCGAUCUGAAGACUUAAAUGACUGCAAUAUUUUUGUUAUAAAUCUAAUCCAAUGUUAUGUUUAAAUUCACUUCUAAUAAAUGCUAUCAUUUGUUAACGAAAUUACAUUAAAAUAAUUUAUUUUAAA